GGAUCUGCGCUUAAAAAGAGGGGAAGGUUUAGUGAACAGCCUUCCUGUCCUGAGCUUUUGGAGAGGCAACAUGACGCUCCGCACACACUUCAUAGUAACUUUAAUUUUAGGGCUGUUUUUACAUGCACAAGGUGACAGCGCAAACCAGCAUGCUCCUGUUGUUCAAACGGCUCUGGGUGGCCUGAAAGGAAUCCACGUGCCAGUAAAGGGCAAAGAGUCUGGAGUUCAUGCCUUUUUAGGAGUUCCAUUUGCUUAUCCACCUGUGGGCCCAGAGCUCAGACUGGCUCCACCUCGACCUGUCCAAGCCUGGAAUGGAGUGAAGGAUGCAACUGAACAGCCUCCCAUGUGUGUUCAGGAUGUAACAGUCUUGGGAGACCUUUACACUAGACUGGGAAUGAAAGUAGACGUCCCAGGGAUUUCGGAGGACUGCCUUUACCUCAACAUUUACACUCCUGCAAACACACCUCCCGAUGCCAAGCUCCCAGUUAUGGUUUGGAUUCAUGGAGGAGGCUUCACCAUAGGAGCAGCUUCUUCUUAUGAUGGUUCUGCCUUGUCUGCGUAUGAAGAUGUGGUGGUGGUGGGGAUACAGUAUCGUUUAGGAAUUCUGGGAUUUCUCAGCACUGGAGAGAAAGACAUGGCUGGAAACUAUGGCCUUUUGGAUCAAGUAGAGGCUCUGAAGUGGGUGCAGCAGCACAUCCACAACUUUGGUGGGAACCCAGAUCAAGUCACGAUAUUUGGGGAGUCUGCUGGAGGCAUGAGUGUGUCUCUUCUGUAUCUCUCACCUCUGUCAAAUGGACUGUUCCACCGGGGAAUUGCAGAGAGUGGCACAGCCGCACUCUUUGAAACUCUAAUAUCAGACCCCCUCAGCAUAGCAAAGACGGCAGCAAACAUGUCUGGCUGCAGCCUUGAAAGUCCUGAAAUUAUUAGUAACUGCAUGAGAAACCUUGAUCUACAAAAAAUAGUGGCACUAGCAGAGGUGAGGGAAUUGAUCAUUACUUUAACUAUUGAUGGCCUUUUCUUGACCAAACCUGUGAAUGAAUUGUUUCGUAACCAUGAGUUCCAAAAAGUUCCUUUUAUGACCGGAAUAACAAGUGAUGAAGGUGGCUGGUUACUCCCCAGUUUUAUGGCGCCUCCAAACUGGACAGAGGGAAUGACACGAGAUGAAGUGAAAGGCGCACUGUCUCUCUUUUACACCGCUGAACAUAAAGAUGAAGCACUGAAUUUGAUGAUAGACGAAUUCACUGGAAAAAGUGAGGACCCUAAAAUACUCCGGAAGGCCUUUACUGAUAUGGUUGGAGAUUUUCUUUUCAACGUUCCUGCAGUGAAAACCAUAAACGCUCAUACAGACGUAGGAGCUCCUGUGUACGUUUAUGAAUACAACUUUACCCCUCGGAUGCUGAAGAAAUUGAGGCCAGAGUUUGUCGGAGCAGAUCAUGGAGAUGACAUUUUUUCUGUGUUUGGACUCUGCUUUACAACUACUCAUGUCAAACUAACAGAAGAAUGCUCAAAAGAGGAGGAAGAUCUCAACCGAAGUGUUAUGAGAUACUGGGCAAACUUUGCUUACACUGGGUCUCCAAAUGGGAAAGGCCUGGUGCAUUGGCCACAGUAUGGAAAAGAGGAGAACUACCUGUUUAUUGACUCUGAGCAGGUGGUCCGUCAGGGGCUGAGGAAGGACCACUUUGUGUUCAUGACUCAGACUCUUCCAAAAAUGUUGGAGGAGCUCGAGAAGACAGAGCACAUAGAGUUAUAGAGUAACUGGCCACAGUCUGCAGAAAUAAUACAUUAAAAAUUAAAAUCACUUAAUGAAACUUUUAUAACACUGUCAUGAUCAAACUCUGAACUUAAAGCUGCACUAUGUGACUUUUUGUUUGGGGGUCCGUCACCUGCUUGUUUCUAUGGAUAUGUCAUUGCUCUGCCUGGAAUUUAGCAAAUUUUAUAGUUUUAUAACUUAAAAAUACCUAGAAAAACAGGCAUUCUGACUGUGCCUCUCCAUAGAUCUGACCUGUAACUUGGUUUGGUUUGGUUUCCAUUAUGAUAGAAAGGUUUAAUCUCAUACUGUGAAACAUUCCAGACAAAGUAAUAACAUCUCCAUGGAGUAAACUGUUUGAUGGACCCUUCACCACAAAAGUUACACAAUGCACCUUUAAGAGUUAACAAACUGAACAAUCAUGGAAGACCAACUUAACCCUUGUGGACUACCAAGCACUGAAAACUGUGAAAAUAAUAAUAAAUGUAAUAUUUUUGUUAA